AAAAAAGUGUUGCUGCCCUUUGCUCUUUAUAUCAAAGAUUCUCUUUUGUCUAUCUUAUUUUUAUUUUCAUCACCUCCACUUCACCUCUCUUCCUCCUUUCUGAAUUUUUCAGCAAUUAUUUUCCCUUAGCUUCUCAAAGUAAAAGAAAACACCAUUAAACAAAUAAUAAGGCAAGCCAAAGCAAAGCAAAUCAAUCCGACUUUUCUCAUCAGGUGAACAAGUGAUAAAACCAGAAUUUAUUUUAUUCAAAUAUGGAAGGAGAGAACCUAGCAAGUACUGAAAUCCCAGUGAAGGAAGCUCUUAAGGAUACUGAAAACAUUGCCGAGCCUGUUAAUGUCGGAAAGGAAGGAAACAAAGACGAAGAAGAAACCGCCUUGGAUGGAGAAUUCAUUAAAGUAGAGAAGGAAGCACUAGAUAUGAAGGACGGUUCAAAUGUCGCUAAGCCCUCACCCAACCAGGGCGAUGAGUCAACUACCAUCGAAAGAAGCUUAAGCAAUCCAGGUAGAGAACUACUUGAAGCCCAAGAAAAGAUGAAGGAACUCGAGCUUGAAUUGGAAAGAGUGACCGGAGCAUUAAAGGAUUUUGAAUCAGAAAAUAGCAGACUGAAGGAUGAAGCUUUGCUUGCAAAGGAGAAGUUGGAUGAAGUGGGAAAGCAGUAUGAUGAACUUGAUCUCAGUAAUAAAAAAUUGCAGGAGCAGAUCAUUGAAGCUGAACAGAGAUACAGUUUAGAGUUAGCAAAUUUGAAAGAGGCUUUCCAAGCUCAAGAGGCCAAACAAAAGGAACUCGCUGAAGUGAAGGAAGCAUUUGAUGGUCUCAACAUCGAAAUUGAAAACUCAAGAAAGAGGAUGCAAGAGUUGGAGCAGGAUUUGCGGAGUUCAGUGGAAGAAGCACGGAAGUUAGAAGAAUUGCAAAAACAAAGUGGCUUGCAUGCUGAGUCUGAGAUGCAACGAGCUUUGGAGUCUGAGAGAUUGCUUGAAACUGCGAAACUUGGUGCAAAAGAAAUGGAAGAUCAGAUGGCCUCCCUAAAGGAAGAAAUCGAGGGCCUGUAUGAGAAGGUUGCUGAAAAUCAGAAGGUUAAUGCGGCACUUCAAAGCACAACAGCUGAACUUUCUGCUGCUCAAGAAGAAUUGGCAAUUUCUAAAUCACUAGUUUUGGAUUUGGAGCAAAGGCUUGCUUCGAAGGAAGCUCUUAUCAGUGAAUUGGCUAACGAGUUGGACUUGAAAAAAGCUUCGGAAUCUAAAGUGAGGGAAAAUAUCUCAACGCUUGAGAAUAUUUUUGCUGCAACUAAAGAAGAUCUUCAAGUAAAGGUUUCUGAGUUGGAAGAUAUUAAGUUAAAAUUGGAGGAGGAAGUCAAAGCAAGGGAAUUUGUCGAAAACGAGAUGAAGGAUCAAGAAAUUCAGCUCUCCGUGGUGAAAGAAGAAUUAAGCAAAGUGCUAAAAGAAAAAGAAGCUCUAGAAAUAGACAUGUCGGAUCUCAGCAGCAAUGCAGCACGGCUGAAGGAGUCGUGCAGUGAACUCGAAGAAAAAUUGAAGCUUUCAAACGAGAAUUUCUGUAAAACUGAUUCUCUAUUGUCUCAGGCUCUAUCUAAUAAUCAGGAGCUUGAACAGAAACUGAAAUCUCUGGAGGAGCUUCAUAGCGAAUCGGGAGUUGCUGCAGCAACUGCUACUGAAAAGAAUCUUGAGCUAGAGGAUAUAAUUAAGGCAUCAAAUGAAACAGAAGAGGUUGCAAAAUCGAAACUGAGGGAGCUUGAAGCACGUUUUAUAGCGGCUGAGCAGAGAAACGUGGAGCUUGAACAACAGCUAAAUUUGGUAGAACUAAAAGGCUUUGAAGCCGAGAAAGAGCUGAAGGAAUUCUCAGGGAAAAUAUCUGAACUUACUACCAAAUUGGGAGAGGCCGAGGAAGAAAAAGAACUAUUAAACAAACAAAUGCAGGAAUAUCAGGAGAAGGUAAAUCUGCUAGAAUCAGCUCUAAACCAGUCAACAAUUAAGAAUACAGAGCUCUUGAAGGAGUUGAAGGUUUCUGCUGAGAGAAGUGCUCAACAUGAGGACCGAGCUAAUAUGAGUCAUCAGCGCAGCCUUGAGCUAGAGGAUCUGUUCCAGAAUUCUCAUUCCAAAUUAGAGGGUGCCGAUAAAAAGGUCAAUGAGUUGGAGCUGUUACUUGAAGCUGAGAAAUACCGGAUUCAGGAACUCGAAGAACAGAUAAGCAAAUUAGAAAAGGAAUGCGGAGACACAGAGGCCGAGUCCAGUAGAUACUCUGAUAAGGCAUCUGAACUUACACACGAACUCGAGGCAUUCCAAGCUAGAGCAUCAAGCCUUGAAAUUGCAGUGCAUAUGGCCAACGAGAAGGAGAAGGAAUUGACGGAGUGCUUGAAUUUAGCAACAGAUGAGAAGAAAAAGUUAGAAGAGGCGUCCCGAGGCUCCAGUGAAAAGCUUGCUGAAGCAGAAAAUCUGGUGGAGAUACUGAGGGAUGAUUUAAAUAUGACACAACGGAAAUUGGAAAGCAUUGAAAAUGAUCUUAAGGCUGCUGGUUUGAGAGAAAGUGAGGUAAUGGAAAAGCUUAAAGCUGCUGAAGAGGAACUAGAGCAACAUGUAAAAGUAUUAGAGCAAGCUAGUGCGAGGAACUCAGAGCUCGAGUCAUUACAUGAAUCUCUAUCAAGGGAUUCGGAGGUUAAGCUCCAAGAACUGAUGGAAAGCUUCACCAACAAGGAUUCGGAGGCAAAAUCUCUGUUUGAGAAACUUAAAUCGUUUGAAGAUCAGAUAAAAGUUUAUGAAGAACAGGUUGCUCAAGCAUCUGGACAAUCCGCAACUCUAAAAGAAGAAUUGGAUCAGAGUUUAAAGAAGCUGGCUUCGUUGGAAAGCACAAAUGAGCAGCUCAGAAAAGAGAUGUUGGAAGUAGAAAAUAAAGCUCUUCAAUCUACCUCGGAGAGCGAACUUCUAGUUCAGACAAACAUUCAGCUCAAGGGCCGAGUUGAUGAGCUUCAGGAAUUGCUUAAUUCGGCAGUUUCGGAGAAGGAAGUAACUCCUCAAGAAAUUGCUUCUCAUGUAUACACAAUUAGAGAAUUAUCGGAUCAGCCUACAAAGGCUUUAGAACAUCGAGAUCAAGCCGAAUCCAGAAUUGUGGAAGCAGAAGCACGUUUACAUGAAGCUAUUGAGAAAUACACCAAGAAAGAAUCAGAAGCCAAUGACCUGAUUGAAAAGUUGAAUGUGCUUGAAAACCAAAUUAAAACUUAUGAAGAACAAACUCACGAAGCUUCCGAAAUUGCUGUAUCUUGUGAAGUUGAGGCGGAAGAGACUCUUGUAAAACUAAAGCAGCUGGAAAGCCUUGAUGAGGAGCUGCAAACCAAGUCAUCUCACUUUGAGAAGGAAAGUGGAGGGCUGGCCGAGGCAAAUUUGGAGCUGACUGAGGAACUCGCCACAUGCGAGUCAAAACUUAGUGAUUUGGAAGGCAAACUUGCUGCUGCCCUGGCAGAGAAGGAUGAAACUGCUGAUCAACUUCACUCUUCAAAGAAGGCUAUAGAAGAUUUAACUCAGCAAAUAGCUUCUGAAGGGCGGAGAUUUCAGUCUCAGAUUUCUUCACUAAUGGAGGAGAAUAACCUGCUCAAUAAAACACAUCAGGAUACAAAGAAGGAACUUCAAUCUGCAAUAUUACAGCUUCAAGAGCAAUUGGAAAAUGAAAAAGAAAAAGAACAAUCUCUGAUAUUGGAGCUUAAAAAUCUCAAGGAUAAGAUCGCAGAGAGUUCCGGGACGCAAACUCGUGCCAAAGAACUUGAAGAACAGUUGGUGAAACUUGAAACUCAAUUAAAACAAGCGGUUCAAAUAGCUGCCCAAAGACAGGCUGACCAUGCACAAGAUCUAGGCUAUAGAGAUGCUAUCGAUAAACAAAAAGAGGCGGAACGAGAAGCUGCUUUAAACUGCUGCCAUGAAGAGCUAGAAGCAAAAAAUAAGGAAACAUUACUACUUGAAAAGAAGGUCAAAGAGUUGGAAGAUAAACUGCAAGUAGCUGCGAAGGGUGGUGGAAGUUCAGCCGAAUUGAAGGAUGGAGUAGAGGUGAAAUCCAAAGAUAUUGAUGGAUUAACAUUUUCAGCACCAUCAAAACGGAAGAGCAAGAAAAAGUUGGAAGCAGCUUCAGUGCAAGCUGCAUCCUCUUCAUCAACUCCUACCAACCACGAGGUUGCUUCGCCCUUGACCACCUUAAAGUUCAUUUUUGGUGUAGCUUUUGUGUCCGUAAUCAUCGGUGUUAUUCUAGGAAAGCGUUAUUAGUGUAAGUUUUUUGUGUUUAUUGGUUUUUCUUUGCAGCUUGCGUCUAAACAUAUAAGCUAUGCAGAGCAGAAUGAAAAGCUUAAUUUUGUGUAUGCUUUUCUUAGCUUAGUAAGAUUUAGGAAGUUGACUAAAGAACUUGUUUCAUUCCUUCCCUUGCUUGUUUGUCAUAACAUGGUUGGAUAUAUACAUAUGUAUACAAGUCAUCAUUCAAGGUGCAUUCUGCAAAUUGCGUUUUA